AUGUCAGAUGGCACAGGCAGCCUGGACAAACAGCUGAAUGGCCUUGGGGAGCAGGGCAAGGAGAGGAACCGCACGUCCCUGCUCAUUUCCCAGGCCCUUAACCGCAGUAUUUUCACCUCUGCAGUCUCCCCCGCCGCCGAGCGCAUCCGCUUCAUCCUGGGAGAGGAAGAUGACAGCCCCGCGCCCCCGCAGCUCUUCACCGAGCUGGACGAGCUUCUGGCUGUCGAUGGACAGGAGAUGGAGUGGAAGGAGACUGCAAGGUGGAUCAAGUUUGAGGAGAAGGUAGAACAAGGUGGGGAGCGAUGGAGCAAACCCCACGUGGCCACYUUGUCCCUGCACAGCCUGUUUGAGCUGAGGACCUGCAUAGAGAAGGGUUCCAUCAUGCUGGACAUGGAGGCCUCUUCCCUCCCUCAGGUGGUGGAGAUGAUCGUUGACAAUCAGAUCGAGACGGGGCUGUUGAAAUCUGAACUGAAGGACAAGGUCACCUACACCCUGCUCAGGAAGCACCGGCACCAGACCAAGAAAUCCAACCUGCGCUCUCUGGCUGACAUUGGAAAGACCGUCUCCAGUGCAAGUAGGAUGUUUUCCAACCCCGAUAAUGGCAGCCCAGCCAUGGCUCACMGAAACCUGACCUCCACCAGCCUCAACGACAUCUCCGACAAGCCUGAGAAGGACCAGCUGAAGAAUAAAUUCAUGAAGAAGCUGCCUCGUGAUGCUGAGGCCUCCAACGUGCUGGUGGGGGAGGUGGAUUUCCUGGAGAGCCCUUUCAUCGCCUUUGUCCGGCUGCAGCAGGCGGUGAUGCUGGGAGCUCUCACCGAGGUCCCUGUGCCCACACGAUUUCUCUUCAUUCUGCUGGGACCGAAGGGCAAAGCCAAGUCCUACCAUGAGAUCGGCAGAGCCAUCGCCACGCUGAUGUCAGAUGAGGUAUUCCAUGACAUUGCCUAUAAAGCCAAGGACCGCCAGGAUCUGAUCGCAGGCAUCGAUGAAUUUCUGGAUGAAGUCAUCGUGCUCCCCCCUGGGGAAUGGGAUCCAGCCAUUAGGAUAGAGCCYCCCAAAUCUCUCCCUUCUUCAGAUAAGAGGAAAAACAUGUACUCUGGUGGUGAAAAUGUGCAGAUGAAUGGAGACACACCCCAYGAUGGGGGACACGGCGGUGGCGGCCACGGGGACUGUGAGGAGCUGCAGAGGACGGGCAGGUUCUGUGGGGGCUUGAUCAAAGACAUCAAGAGGAAAGCACCGUUCUUCGCCAGCGACUUCUAYGAUGCUUUAAACAUCCAGGCCCUCUCAGCCAUCCUCUUCAUCUACCUGGCCACUGUCACCAAUGCCAUCACUUUUGGGGGAUUGCUUGGGGAUGCUACGGAGAACAUGCAGGGCGUGUUGGAGAGCUUCCUGGGCACGGCUGUCACCGGUGCCAUAUUCUGCCUUUUGGCUGGUCAGCCCCUCACCAUCCUGAGCAGCACAGGGCCUGUCCUGGUCUUUGAGAGGCUCCUCUUCAACUUCAGCAAGGACAAUGAUUUUGACUACCUGGAGUUCCGCCUCUGGAUCGGCCUCUGGUCAGCCUUCCAGUGUCUGGUUCUCGUGGCCACCGACGCCAGCUUCCUGGUCAAGUACUUCACCCGCUUCACCGAAGAAGGAUUUUCCUCCCUCAUCAGCUUCAUCUUCAUUUAUGAUGCUUUCAAGAAGAUGAUCAAGCUGGCAGAUCAUUAUCCCAUCAACUCCCAGUUCAAGGUGGACUACAUCACGCAUUACUCUUGUGCCUGUAAACCACUAGAUCCAGUUAAUAGCUCAUUACUUAACAGGACAAUGGUGCUGUCAGACUAUGAGCUGGUCUCUCCCUCCUCAGAGCUGGACAACACCACCAUUGACUGGGCAGCUCUGACAGCCAAGGAGUGCUUGAAGUAUGGGGGACAACUUGUGGGCAACAACUGUGACUAUGUCCCUGACAUCACCCUCAUGUCUUUCAUCCUCUUCUUUGGCACUUACACCUGCUCCAUGGCUCUGAAGAAAUUCAAGACCAGUCGCUACUUUCCCACCACUGCCCGGAAGCUCAUCAGUGACUUUGCCAUUAUCCUGUCCAUUUUGAUUUUCUGUGGAAUAGAUGCCCUGGUUGGUGUGGACACACCAAAACUAAUUGUGCCAAGUGAAUUCAAGCCAACCAGUCCYGAGAGGGGUUGGUUUAUCCCACCUUUUGGAGGRAACCCGUGGUGGGUGUACCUGGCAGCAGCCAUCCCUGCCCUGCUGGUGACCAUCCUCAUCUUCAUGGACCAGCAGAUCACCGCCGUCAUCGUCAACAGGAAGGAGCAYAAGCUCAAGAAAGGUGCUGGAUAUCAUCUGGAUUUGUUCUGGGUGGCCAUUCUGAUGAUAGUCUGCUCCUUCAUGGGGCUGCCCUGGUACGUGGCUGCUACCGUUAUCUCCAUCGCUCACAUCGACAGCUUGAAGAUGGAGACUGAGACUUCAGCCCCUGGAGAACAGCCCAAGUUUUUGGGAGUCAGGGAGCAGAGAGUCACUGGAGUCAUCGUUUUUAUCCUGACUGGGGUGUCUGUUUUCAUGGCUCCCAUCCUGAAGUUCAUUCCCAUGCCUGUGCUCUACGGUGUCUUCCUCUACAUGGGAGUUGCRUCCCUCAACGGCGUGCAGUUCAUGGAUCGUCUGAAGCUGCUCUUGAUGCCUCUAAAACACCAGCCUGACUUUAUCUACCUGCGCCACGUCCCGCUGCGCAGGGUCCACCUGUUCACCUUCCUGCAGGUGGUGUGCCUGGCCCUGCUCUGGAUCCUGAAAUCCACUGUGGCUGCCAUCAUAUUCCCUGUCAUGAUCUUGGCCCUGGUGGCAGUCAGAAAAGCCAUGGACUACCUCUUUUCCCAGCAUGACUUAAGCUUUCUUGAUGACGUCAUUCCAGAAAAGGACAAGAAGAAGAAAGAGGACGAGAAGAAGAAGAAAAAGAAGAAGGGCAGUAUGGACAGUGACAAUGAYGAUUCUGACUGCCCCUACUCAGAAAAGGUCCCAAGUAUUAAAAUCCCAAUGGACAUCAUGGAGCAGGAACCUUUCCUAACUGAUAGCAAACCUGCCGACAGUAACAGGAAAAGAGCUUGGCCCGUAGAUGUGGGUUGGAGGAGCUGAGGCAGGGCUGGAGCAGCAAUGACAGCCGAGGCUUUCUUC